CGCCGUGCCGGUCGCAUGGCGGGCUACGCGCCGCGCCUGCCCUGGCUGCUGCCGCUGCUGCACCGCGCGGUGCCGCCCCCCUGGGUACGGGCCGCCUGCGGGGCCGCCGGGCUCCGCGCCUCUACGAGCUCGGCCGGCAGGUGCGGGGCGCUGAGCGGGGCGCUGAGCUGCCGCCUCCUGCUGCCGCCCGGAGCGGCGGGCAGCGCCCCGCGCGCACUGAGUGUGGCCGCCGGCCCCGAGCCCACACCGCCGCCGGCCCCGACAGCACCGCGGGGAGCCGCCGCCGGGCCGCCGCGCUUCGACGCCAGGAGGCUGCUGGCCCUGGCGCGUCCCGAGCGCUGGAGACUGACAGCUGCCGUUGGGUUUCUGACAGUUUCCAGUGUCAUUACCAUGUCGGCCCCUUUCUUUCUGGGGAAGGUGAUCGAUGUCAUUUACACAAAUCCCAGCAACGACUUCACUGACAGCCUGUCCAGCCUGUGUGCCUUGCUGAGUGGAAUCUUUCUAUGCGGUGCUGCUGCUAAUGCUACUCGUGUCUACCUCAUGCAGACUGCAGGUCAAAGAAUUGUGAAACGUUUGAGAACAACCAUGUUCUCCUCUAUUCUUAAGCAAGAAACUGCUUUCUUUGACAAGACCAGAACAGGAGAGCUGAUAAACCGCUUAUCUUCAGAUACAGCACUCUUGGGCCGUUCAUUGACCGAAAACCUUUCCGAUGGGCUCCGAGCAGGCGCUCAGGCAUCUGUUGGGGUUGGAAUGAUGUUUUUUGUAUCUCCUAGCCUUGCUGCGUUUGUUCUGAGCGUUGUGCCACCCUUGGCUGUCCUGGCUGUGAUUUAUGGAAGAUACUUGCGAAAACUUACUAAAAUGACCCAGGAUUCUCUUGCAGAAGCAACACAGUUAGCCGAAGAGCGGAUCGGAAACAUAAGAACAGUUCGAGCUUUUGGGCAAGAAAUGGCUGAAAUGGAGAAAUACACGAAUAAAGUUGAUUACGUGCUACAGUUGGCUAGAAAGGAGGCACUAGCUCGGGCAGGCUUCUUUGGAGCAACUGGCCUUUCUGGAAACUUAAUUGUCCUCUCAGUCUUAUACAAAGGAGGAUUACUGAUGGGCAGUGCUUCCAUGACAGUUGGUGAACUCUCUUCAUUCCUAAUGUAUGCCUUCUGGGUUGGAAUAAGCAUAGGAGGUCUGAGUUCCUUUUAUUCUGAAUUAAUGAAAGGAUUGGGUGCUGGUGGACGUCUGUGGGAACUUACUGAGAGGAAGCCCCAACUUCCAUUUAACGAGGGAAUCACGUUAGGCAAAGACACAUUCAGAGGUGCUUUAGAAUUCAAGGACGUCGAGUUUGCUUAUCCAACACGUCCAGAAACAUCCAUUUUCAAAGAUUUCAGCCUUUCCAUUCCAGCUGGUUCUGUGAUGGCGCUGGUUGGCUCGAGUGGCACAGGGAAGUCAACUAUUGUAUCUCUUCUUCUAAGGCUGUAUGAUCCUAUUGCAGGUACUAUCACUGUUGACGGCUUUGAUAUUCGUCAGUUAAAUCCGUUGUGGUUCAGGACAAAGAUAGGAACAGUGAGUCAGGAACCAAUUCUGUUCUCCUGUUCUAUUGCUGAAAAUAUUGCCUAUGGUGCAGAGGAUCCAUCUACUGUGACUGCAGAGGAGAUUCUGAAAGUUGCCGAAAUAGCAAACGCUGCUGAGUUUAUCAGAGAUUUUCCUAAAGGGUUUGACACUGUAGUUGGAGAAAAAGGCAUUCUACUUUCAGGGGGACAGAAGCAGCGAAUUGCAAUUGCUCGAGCUCUGCUCAAGAACCCCAAAAUUCUUCUGUUAGAUGAAGCAACAAGGUAAGAGAGAGAAAAAUGUUUUCCCGACCUAG